AGUAGUCUGUCAAAGGCACCGCUUUUUACAAAGCAAUAUAAUGAAAUCCAGUUUCCUUUCCCUCUUUAACCCUUAAAGAAGACAAAAGAAAGUCGUUAGUUAAAGUUCAAAACUCGUUUUGAAGAAGAAUGGCUUUGUUUUUCCCAAACAUCAGCAAUUUCAGUGUCGACAUGGAAGCAACCCAGAGUCUUGGCAGAAAUGAGAGCCUGGCAAAAAUUGAAAUCGCGCUUUUGUCCGUAAUAUUUUUUAGCGCUUCAGUUUUAAACACCGGGCUUCUCUUGGUUCUUUGGAAGAGACGAAAGCAGGUUUCCAGAAUGCGAGUCUUCGUUCUGCACCUUUGCCUGGCAGACUUAGUGGUUGCGUUUUUUCAGAUAUGCCCUCAACUGAUAUGGGACAUUACUGACAGGUUCAUCGGUCCCGACGCGUUAUGCAGGGCCAUCAAGUACCUACAGAUUGUCGGCAUGUUUGCGUCCACAUACAUGAUUGUGGCGAUGACCAUUGACCGCUACCAGGCAAUUUGCAACCCCAUGGUUACUUUCCAAAGGAAGAGAACGCGCUGGAACGUCCCGGUAUGUGUUGCUUGGGCUAUCGCGUUGGUUGGCAGUAUUCCUCAAAUCUUCAUUUUUUCCCGGUUUGAAAUCGCACCGGGAGUGUUCGACUGCUGGGCUCAGUUCAUACAGCCCUGGGGGCUAAAGACGUACGUGACUUGGACAACUCUUGUGAUUUUUGUACUACCUAUCCUUACCGUGAUAGUGUGUCAGGUGAGAAUCUGCAGAGCCGUCCAGAUUAACCUCUACAUAAAGACGCACCAGGGAAGAGAGGCAACAGUUGCUAACCCCCUCCCCUCCAGGGCAAGCAGCGUGACAGGGGUGUCUAAAGCCAGAAUCAAGACUGUGAAGAUGACAGUGGUCAUUGUGGUCGCAUAUAUUGUCUGCUGGGCUCCAUUCUUCACUGUCCAACUCUGGUCUGUCUGGGAUGUGAACGCACCCAUAGAAACUGCUACAUUUACAAUACUGAUGUUGCUAGCCAGUCUGAACAGCUGCGCCAACCCUUGCAUCUACCUGCUAUUCAGUGGUCAGCUGCCCAAGAAACUGGUGUCUUUUCUCUGCAGAAGACAGUCUAACAUGAAGGACUCAGCGCCUGAAGAGGCUACGGUAGUCAGCACGCUGUACAUGAGCUUCAAGAGACUCUCUGACUCCAGAUAAAGAGCUCCGUUUUUUUUAAAUUCACUCCACCGAAACAACCAAGAGAAUUAAUAGAUGGGAAUCGUUUUAGGCAAGUUAUCAUUGACAUAAAGGUUGUUUAACUUUAAGGCAUUUGAGGAAUCUCAAUGUGAAGUUAUCUGAAGAGUGAAUGCUGAGGUGUGGUGGAAUACAAGAAAAAACGCGAUCAAGAAUGUGUGCCAGGAAAAAAUGUUAAAGGUACAGUAUGUUUUGUCACAAAUGAUGGAUAAGAUGGUUGUUAGAAGAUGAGGCAAAUUUAUAAACGUGAGAAAAUUUACAAACGUCAUUAUAAAGCACCUUAUGCAUUAUAUUAGUUAUAAAGCACAGUAAGAUUAAUAUUAAAUUACUUUAAAAAAUGCCAAGAUGUAUUCAAAGGUACAAAUUUAAGCCGCCUUGGAACAAUGCUCCAGGCAAACAAAUAACAAUAGUUUUAGGUUUGUGGCUAAAAACAAUUGUCCAGUUUGCUACUUUGAAGAAAUUUAACACUUCCUAGAAGAUUAUCAAUUUGAGGCUAAAUCUUCGCAUAAUUACAACAAGCAGGUUCUAUACCGAAAUCGUUUAACUCCAAAAUUCAGCAUUGGCAUUAAAAAAAAAAAUACAAACCAGUUUAUUUAUAUAUAAAAUUAUGUAUAUUAUAAUAUAUAUAUAUAAU